AUGAAGACUUCUCUGGUCCUCCUUACCCUCAGUCUACUGGCUUGUUCAGUUUGGGAAGUCUGUGGACAAUGCCAAGAGGUUAACCUUGAUGACCAGGAAGACCAGGAAGUAGUGGAAGCACAGCCAGAAAAGCACAUGGUAACAUUAAAGGGAACAUGCUGGGCGUGUAUGUGGGCACUGAACAAAGUGAAGAAACACAUCUCGUCUUCCUCUAGCGAGGUGCAGAUAAAGCAGAAGCUAUUGUCUGUUUGCGAUAAAUUGGGCCUCCUUAAAUCUCUGUGUAAAGGCAUGGUAAAAAAGCACUUGUGGGUGUUGGUUGAGGAGCUUAGCACCAGCGAUGACGUGAGGACCAUCUGCAUUAACAUUAAGGCCUGCAAACCAAAAUACAUUUUGGAUCUGAGCUACUGA